GUCCCCCUUUCUCUUUCUCAGCUUUUCGUCUUUUCGCCCGCUGUCUCUCCUUUUUGUUUUCUUCAUACUUUGCACGGCCGUAAUAAAUAAAGUACGUCGCAAGCCAGGGGAUUCAAUAUAUCUCACGUUUGAGCAUCCAGCUAAUAAAAAUGAUUACGGCGUUACCGGUACCUUCGGUGAAAGUCUUUCACAAGACUUACUAUCAGGAGAAAGGGUUGCGGAUAGGCAAUAGCCAACCGGGAAGUCCAUUGGCGGAGAGUGAGGCGGUACUGGCUAUGAUAGACAAAGAACCACCGGAGUACUAUUUUUGCGGAAAGGUAAAUUCCCUGUACGUCGUUGUCGGCUCGCUGUUGCUGGGAGCGGUGGUGCUUGUUGUCGGUCUGGUUCAACUCGCUCCGGGUGCGGAAGCAGCACAAAACUCGGCGGCGCUGAUCGCCGCCGGUAGUGGCCUCCUGGUGAUAGGGGUGUUCCUCGCCCCGUUGAGAGCCGUGUGCAUCAGAAAGCAGAGCGCGGCGCAAAAGGACGGCACCCAUCAGCGAAGCGUCACCAGUAUAGAUAUGCUGUUGGCUCAACACAGGGAUUUCACGGUCCUGACACCCGACGAACUCGAGGAUCUCGUGGGCCGGUCGACGUCCAACAACCUGGAGAACAAACCUCUCAAACAAGGUCACAAUACCUAGGUACUGCCUGCCUCGAGGAAGGUAUUACCUUCCGCGUCAGCCGCGUCUCCGCCGUGCACGAGUACCACGCCACCAUCGUCCGUCACGUCGUCAGGACCAAGUUCCUCCAUUCUGUACACGCAUCGUUACGAUACGCGCGAGCAUAGUUUGGUUUAAUCAAUGUGCGCACUCGCUACAUUAUUUCCGAAUAGAGCCGUCACGCAUUUUCUAACGAUGCAAGAUUGCGAGCGAAACGGGAGCUCUUUGAGCUUCAAGAUUGCGAUGUAGCACGACUCGUCGCAAAGUAAGAAAGUGGCCGCGGGAUACACACGUAGACUUCAUCAUAUUUGAAAAAUUCUUUCUCCGACACAGUAAUCACUGCUUUUUUCUCGAGACUUUUCGUUUCUCUUGACCUUUUCAUUCGCGUUUGUCGCGUUGAAAAAUGAUUUGAUUGAUGAUGACGCGCGCUCGAAUGUUUACUCGAACGCGUUUGACAUUUCUUUGUAUCUACGUAUGAAUGACAGCAAAUAGAGGAAUUUAAACAAGUUAUUUGGUAUUAAAUAUUCACGUAUUGUUUUUUUUGCUCGCUGACCUUAUGGUAUUAAAGUUAAAUUACGAUACGUGAUGGCAGAGGGUGUGUACUCUUAAUUAUGUUAUUACAGUUGACGUUAUAUCAGUCGGUCGUACGACAUGGACGAGUUAUAAGAUGAUUAGACUCGCACGCUAAUUGCAUGCAGCAAUAUACAUGAAAAACAUCAAAAAUAUUUAUUGCGAAAAAUAAAGCCGACAAAGGCAACAAUUUCGUAGCGAAAACAUAAUACUUAGUGCAAUCUUUAUUCCGAAGAAAAGCUCAAGUAUAAGCUCAAGUAAUAGCUUGGAAAGAACGCCCACGCGAGUAAUUUGCAGAAAAGAGAAGAGUUUAAGUUUAAGUUUAAAAUGUUUAAAUCGAGUUUCGGCAGGGCCGAAUUUAGAGUCUUGAAAGAGGGACAAUCGUGCAAAACACGGAUAUAAAUAUUGAUAAAAGAAAACAAUCACAUAAUAUUUUUCACGAAAUACCUUGUUCCCCCUGUAUCUUAUGCAACAGUAGAAACCUUUCUUGAUUUUCUAAAAAUUCUUAUCUUAUGCGAUUCCCACCGCCACCUAUUCCAAUUGUCCCUCGUACUCUUAAAUCCGGUCCCUCUCGGACAAUUUUUCUAAAUCUUUCGCGAAUAUAUAAAGGUUCCGCGUGGUUAUCGCGCGUUCUUCAUCGCUGCGCCAAUUAAAUUUAUUUUCGUAUAUUUUCAUUAUCUUUUAUCGAGCUAAAUUAUAAAACAAAUUUAUAAUUACGUACAUUUAAAUCAGAAAUUCUCUUUAAAAAAAAAAAAAAAAAAAAGUGAUUUGCUAUAUUUAAAGUAAAAAUGAUUGUUUGCAUUUCUAAUCAAAUAUGUGGCGUUUCAAGAAUCAGAAAUUAUUUACACCAUUACGCAUCCCAGAUUCAAAAUGCAAUUAUCAAAGGCAAAAAGUAGUACUUUGUCCGUGUUGUAAUACCAUAGAAAUUUUAUCGACAUCUUUUCGUGUUACAGAUUGUUAGGAGAGAUACUUUAACGUUGGAGGCACAAUCUUUUUUACUAUAUAAAUAUGUAGUAACGGACGUUACUUUCUCAAAGACUAAAUUGUGUUCAAUUUAUGGAUGAAUGAGUCUGAUGUACCGGAACAACUUUGUCGUAUAUAUCUCUAUUGCGAGUUAUUUAAAUAAAGAUAUAUAAAUUUGCGUGAUAUAGCUAUAGAUAAGAUUUGAAAAUCUUCUUCGACAAUUGUCCCCCGCAGGACGAUAAAAGAAAUAAGAGGAUAAAAGAAAUUAUACGCGUAGAAGACUUUGUCGUAUGUAAAUUUUACGAAUAUUUCUUUGUCAAAUUUUUUAAAACGCAUACUCAUCGUGUGCAAUGAUAGGAUGACACAGAAAGUCACGCGAUAUGUAUAGCCCUAUCGAUAGGCCGCGCAUAAUGUCAAGAUCGUUGAAUGGAAGGGUGAAACGGUAUAAUAUGUUAGAUCGAAUGAGUAACGACGAACCUCACGCGCAAUGAAACAUACCGAGAUCAAUACGAUAUGCUUAUAUAGAGGUGGCGUGCAAAGAGCGGGAAUCGGCAAACUGAGUGUGCCCGAUCUGGGUUUUUAAAGUCCUUUAGCGAGAAUCUAAGCGCCAGGCGCAAUUAGCUCUCACCUUCGAAACUUCCGAGUUCUAAUUACGAAAUGAGGCCUUGAUUUAAAUUCUCGCUCGAACAAGGUCGAAAACCGAAAAGCUUGUUCGUGACUGUCGAUUUUCGCCUUUUCCACGAUUCGCAGCUUAGUAUACAAAUCACAAUUAAACGCUUAGGAUAGAUGUACCAGAGUAUCGAUGUUUUUGUUGGAAAAGAAAAAAGAUCGAAACUUGAUAUUUGUCCGUCAUGUCGAUCUUCUUUCCAUCUCGUCAUCUAAUUUUUCAGAUUCAUUAAGGUCGGGAAUUUUCUUAUUUCAUGAAUGCGAACAAAUAUAUGUAGUCUUAGCAAAGUAAUAUUAAUGCAAUUAAGUUUACGCGAAAGUGUAAUCGCCUAACGUAGAAACAUAAAUCAAAACGCUAGAAGGCUAAUAAUAAUAAGCGACUCUGAUCAUAUAAUUUAUCCACUAUGUACGCUAGAAAGGGUAUCGUCUCAGUUUUUAUUCCUAAUCUGUAAAUUAUUCGAUAUUUCUGUAAAAUAAGCAAACUUUUAUUACGUAUUCAUAGAUUUGACCUAAAACGCCAAUCUCGCUACUGUUUAAUGUUUAAUAAACAAAAUUGGCAAAUUAUUUUCUUUUGUCCAGUAAAAAGUACAUACGCCUCUAUAAAAAUAAAAUAUUGAUUAAAUUUUUGCCGUUUAAAUCAGCAACUAGAGAUAUUUAUUUCUAGUGAACAACAAGCUUUGAAGAGGAAACAUAUCUAUCGAGUCGGCUAUAUGAGUAGAGAUAUCUUUUUAUUGCCAUUAGUGGAUAUACGUGAAGGAAGGAGAAUAGCAAUUAAGGAAAAUAACUGUCCACAUUAUCCAUAUGCUGAGAGGCUUGCAUUUGUCGUGAGAUUCCUAUUGAAUGUUUGCCUUAAUUUCAGAGAUAAAGGUAUCGUUGAAAUGUGAAUGAUAAAUUCUAUUUACGCAAAAAAUUCUAGUUACAAAGAGAAGAGCGCGAUUAAUAUUUUCAAAAUACUUUUAAAUUUACUAUAUUUUUUAAUUGCCAUGUUUAUCCGCGCGGGAGAAAACACUUUAUGCAGUACUUGUAAACAGGAAACAAAGGAGAUCCGGUGCAUUUCUGCUGAUAGAUAUAAUUUGCCGCGGUAAGUUUUUUAACAUAACUUUAAGGCGAGUGCAACAAGGAAAUAAUCAUCGAUAAUAACGCGAAUAGUAACGUGUGAGAUUGUAUGUGUGAGGCGUUCGCAUCUAAUAGCGCGCAUAAAAUAUUAAAAAUUAUAAUUAAGAGAAAUAAUUGACAAUUAUUCCACAGAGCAUUAUACUAAAUGUUACAUGCGCGGAUUAUGUUACGGAUAUGAAACGUUAUAUACAUGACAAUUCCUUGUUGUACAAAAGGAUUGGUCAUAAUCUUAAGAGAUUCAACGCACAGAAUUAGCCGUAAGCAUUUUUAUAAUGGUGUUCUAUAUAUUAAUAUUAUUAUUAUAUUACUAUUACUGCUACUAUUACUACUCUACUACUAUUACAGUUAUAUUACUACCCAUGAGAGAUAGCUCGAUUUACUUGUGAUCCAGCCGCGAAUCGGCUGGCAGAAGUGUUCUCGUACAUGUCAUCGUCAUAAGGGAUUGGAUAGUAAUAUGCCUAGCCUUGUAUAUACGAAAGUUUGUAAUGGUGAGAAAAAAAAAAAAGAUUUUAUCGCGCGGGAUGGUAAUAUAUCGAUCUCGAUACGAUUUGCCGAUCUGCAAUUUUUAAUUAAAAACGUUAAAUUAAAUACGUUUUAAAUUAAAAACGUUUUAAAUUAAAUACCUUUUUAAUUAAUAACGUUUAAUUAAAAAAGCAGAUUAUAUCACGCGAUGUAAUCUUAAGAUGCAUAUCAUAUUUCUUGAAAAAAACUCGUCAGCUGUAUGUGAUUGCAGCAUUUUUUAAAUAUUUUUUUAAUACAUUUUAAUUUAAAAAAUAUAAAUUCUCUGUAAAUGUGCGCUAUAUUAUCUGUCUCAACAUAUAUAAAAGUACACUUAAUAUUCUGAAAUUAAUUCAAAUUUGUAUGCUGUAAUAUGUAUGUCAUUAUUAUUUUUUAAUAUACGUAUAAUUAUUUACUCGGUUAUAUUAAAUAGCUUGGACGGAAAAAUGACAAAUUUCUUUUAAAUUUUUUGCGAUUACGUGCACUUGAAAGAAAAUUCUAUGCUCUUUUAGAUCCCAAUGAUAUCAAGUUUCCAGCGAUAUCUUAAAUAACAUAUAUGAAUACUAGUGGAAAUAUGCUGCAACCACAACUUAUUUUGCAUCAUAAAAGAAUCUCUAUAAUCGUGAUGCAUAUUCAAUACAUUACGAUAUCAUAGUAUAUAUAAUAUCGAGAAAGUUUUACCGAUAAGCUCUUAAACUUAAAAUUAAAGUAGGAUGUAAGGGGAAUGUUGUAUCGCAAAGCGUUCGCGAUGACGCGGCCAUCAUUGUUGAGGCUGGUCAUCUUAGAGUGAUAAAAAAAAGGAGUGCGCAUUAUUAUUUUAUUCCGUGCUUUUUUAUCGCGCAACCAUAUAAUUUCACCAUAUAAAGUUUUAUUACUCGAAUGAUAAUGAUAUCGAAGACGCAGUGUACGUUGUAAUACAUAUUCGAGAUACAGGGAUUUUGCGGAUGUUAAAAAAAAAAAAAAAAUUGUGCUCCCGAUCCCUUCUGUCACUGCCAAAAAUUAAUUAUAAUGCGACAUUUAUAAAACGCGUGAAAACGUGGAAGCGAGAGUAUCGGCUAAUAAUGCGGCUAAAGCAUAUAAUUAAACCUCAACAAUAUGUUCCGCCAUUGUGAACAUGUCGGAGACGUUCUGCGUAACCAUUUAUUGGGAACAUUCUGACUUGCUUAAAAGUUUCGUUGAUCCGUAUAUUUUGUAAGCAAAGAUUAUAAGAUAAUAGCAGUAAAUAAAUAAAUAUUACUACUAUACGACACUUUAUU